UCAAAUCGGCCCCGUUCUCCAGAAACGUCUAAUAGGCCGUCGAACUUGAAACACCCUGUAUAUGGUUGUUACAUAUAAUGGAUAUUCCUCCUGGGCGAAAUAUCCCCCUUAUUCAUUCUAUUCAUUUAUUUAUUUAUUUGAGAAAACAGGAAUACAAAUAGGAUAUAUCCACAGCAGUAUUCACAAAUUAGAACUAAAAAAUGUAUGUUACAAAAAGAAAAAAGAAGAAAAUUCCAAGUGCUUAAUUCAAACACAAAGAACUAUACAGCUACAGAAUCCGCAGAAAAUAACAUUUGAGCCAAUGUCUUAAAGAAGACAAGGAGGUAUUAAACAGAUCGAUUUCAUUAGAAUCAAAUUCAUUUGCUGAGGACAUCAUUCUACACAAUCCAAUAUUUUUACAUACAUUCGUCCUCCUGAAUGGAAUAAAAAACACGCCAUGAGAUCUAAGUCUAAAAUUCGGUACAUUGAUCUGUUUUCUCUCUAGAAGAUCUGGAACUUGUAAAUAAUUGUUGAUAAUUUCGAAUACAAAAACGACAUCCGAGAUCUUCCGUCGAUUCUCCAGAGCAAUGAGACCAAAUCUUUUACGAGCUUGUGUAUAAUCAUGGUUGAUUAUUAUGAAACUAUGAAACAAAUAUCUCAUGAACCUUUUCUGAACUUCCUCCAACCGAUUGAUAUAACAGUGAUACUGCGUAUUCCAUAUUACAGAUGCAAAGUUCAAUUUACGGUGAACAAAGGCACAAUAUAAACGCAUAAAAGUACUGUUGUUACUGAAUGCCCGUCUCUGUCGGAAAAUAUAACCCAACAUCUUAUUGCAUUUACUUAUUAUUGAUUCAAUAUUUUGAUCGAACAACAAAUUGGAGUCAAGCCUCACCCCCAGAUCCGUAGUAGAGGAGACUCGACGAAGCAAACCAUUUAGGGCAGAAUAAGAAAAUUCAAAUUUAUUUACGUUUCUAGUAAAAAUGAAAAAAAAGAAACAUUUCUGAAAAUUUAAAAAAAGGGAAUUGAUUCUUCAAUAUUCCUGAAGCCUAUCCAUGUCUCUCUGAACCAAUAUGCAAUCCUCAAGACUUUAAAUUCUCCUAAAAAGCUUGAAAUCAUAAGCAAACAAUAAAAAUUUAGAAUGAUGAAAGUAAUCCGAGAUGUCAUUGACAUAAAUCAAGAAUAGAAGUGGAUAUUUCGGAUCAAAAUCCAUUUUCCAUAACAAAUUGCCAUCUUCUCGAAAUGUAAGACGUUAACCAACGUAAAAUACUGCCACAGACGCCCACCCGGGCCAACUUAAUGAACAAAGUACCAUGACAAUCUUGUCUAACGCCUUGCCAAAAUCCGAAUAAAAAACAUAUCCCCAACCUUGGGUACGCCCCUGCUAUUUUGGCAUCUCACGCUCGGGCAUCUCGGGACAUGAUAUUCGGGCGGCCGACUGUCGAGUUCGAGCCGACAGCCGGCAAUUUAGCAGGUGCAGGCAGUCGAUGCUGGAAGUUCAUAGCAUACUGAACUCCUGUGCAAAAUGCAGAAAGACUUUUUGAUAGGUUUUAUCGAAAUAUAUAGACAGAACACCUGUCUAUGGAAAAUGAAAAGUGAAAAUUAUUCAAACAAGAUUUCAAAAAAGAAAGCAUACAAAGCACUAGUCGAUUACUCCAAAGGGAAAUUAGAUGAUCAAAACGUAGAUACAAAUUGGGUGAAGAAAAAAAUCAAAAUAAUCCGAAACUCCUUUAGAAAAGAGUAUAAGAAAGUUGAGGCUUCUAAACGCUCAGGAGAAAAUGAAAUACAUGAGCCAAAAUUGUGGUAUUACAACAGGCUUCUGUUCACAAAGGAUCAGGAAGAACUAUCAGAAGGAAUGGAUUCUCUUAUAGAUAACCAGAACAGUAUUCAGAACCAAGAAGAUUCUGAAACUGACGACGAAGAAACAAUCCUGCCAGAAUCAGCAUCAUCUUCAGUUCAGUCUGUUCAGUCUUUCAAACGUGUUGAACCAACAAGCAUAUCACAAGCUCCAAAACGCAUUAAAAUUUCCAGAAAUAAUGCUUCAGGUUUCGAUUUGGAUGAAACGAGAUUGUCUAUGAAUAUAAUUGCUAACACGAACACACAAACAAAUAAUAAUAAAUCCGACGAUCAAUACGAUGCCUUUGCAAAACAUGUUUCGGCCCAACUAAGAGAGCUUCCUCUUAGAAGUUUCAUUAUUCUUCAAGGACAAAUUCAGGAUCUUAUUAACCGUGAAAGAUUGGCCUUACUUUCUGAGCAAGAAAUGCAGCAGCAGCAGUAUGAUUGUAUACCUUCCACAUCUUAUUCUCAGUGUUCAGAUUUUUCACACCAAGUUAAAGAAGAAAUUUCAACUAAACCUGAACAUAUUUUUCAAAUACAUGAAUAACAUUGAUACAUAGACAAGUUAUAGACAAAUAUAUUUUAUAUUCAAUUAUUUUUAUAAGAAGCAAAAUAAAAUAUUUUAAAGCUGA